AUGAUUGACCUGCUGAUGAAUAACGAAGCUAUCCUCGGGUCUCGUGAUUUAAGUGGAGGGAUAAUCAAGUGGUCUCACUGUGACGAAGGCACCAACAGCUCUUUGGUUCUUGCGUGUCAGGGUGGACAUACGCGUCUAGCGCUGCGUCUACUGGAUGAGAUUGAUGUGGAGGAAUAUGCCAGGCAAAACGACCCCUUUCAUGUACUAGAAGCAGCGAUCAGUACAGAUGACGAAAUCCACGCUAUGGCCAUAGCGGAACAUCCGAAAGCAGCAAUUCGGCACAACAUGUCUGAGCUGCUUCGGCGUGGCACUUUACUCACAGACUAG